AUGAACCGUACCGUACAUAUCUAUAACCCACUUCAGCCACCUGUGGAGCUGGACCUAGUGGCUUCCGCCCCUCUUGAACCCACCAGCCCUCGGCCAACCUUCAUUUUCUUUCAUGGCGGUGGCCUUGUCAGCGGCUCGCGGCGUGGCCGCUUCCCGCCACUACCAGUGAAACUGCUGCUCGACCGUGGAUGGGCGGUCGUUGUCCCAGAUUACCGCCUGCUGCCGGAGGCCGGCAUCGUUGAUAUUCUCGACGACCUACGCCAACUAGAAGCGUGGUUGGUGCAGUCUGCAGUAGGACUUGAUAUGCAUCAUGUCGUUGUCGGGGGUUCGAGUGCAGGCUCCUUAGUGUCAAUCCUAGCUCUCUCAGUGUGGAAGACAGUCAAACCACGCGCCUUCCUUUCUCUAUGGGGCAUGGCACAGACUGAGGGCGAGUGGUAUCGUCGUCGCCGGGCCGAAUCAGCCGUGCUGGGAGGCAUCCCUGCCAGCCAAUUACACGAGGAAAACGUCGCUCACUAUCUACAGCCCGGACGGCCGCAUAUUUCCGCUGAUGAAGCGGACAUGAAGGACCCUGGUAGCCGGGCAUCCCUUUUCUUGUGGCUGCUAAAACAGGCAGCCAUCGGCACGGAAGCCCCCUUGGACUUAAUAAGCUCCUCGUAUCCACCUACGGUUAUCGUCCACGGCACCGCCGACACAGUGGCGCCGGUGACGGACUCACAAGCGUUGGCGGCCGCGCUGCAGCGGGUUAAGGUUAGGGUGCGCUUGAUCGAAGUCGAUGGAGCGGACCAUGGACUAGCACCGCAGGAGAAAUUUCGCAUUGCCUUUGAGGAGGCGAUCAUGACUGUGGAGGAGUUUGCUGGAAAUUGA